GGAGCAUGGAGCAUGGAGCAUGGAGCAUGAUGAAUCACUGGCCGUCCGUGUAGUGAUCCGACAGCAUACAUUGCUCCUCCAUUGCGUUAUUGGCUCACUUUCUCUCUCCAAUGGAGCUGACAGAAGGGGCUCGGAGUGGAUACUGUAUAAAAAAACAUGGUGUUCCGAUGCGGAAUGACAGAGUGGAUCGACGAUUGCUAGGCGUUUCGAUGUUAGAGAUUUAGUUAAAGAUUGUAGCCUUUUUCUCUGAUUCCUCAGUGAAGAGCGGAAGUUUGCGUGUUCGGACUCAAUCUUCGUGUUCUCUGAGCUUGAUUCGAGGAGCUUGAGCUCUGGACUACGGAAUGAUGUAUCUUGUCGAUUUUAUAGUGAAAGAUACCAUUUUGUUUGCCGGAACCCAAGUCUUUUAGUUUUUGAGAAGGUUCGACGACAAGAAACUGAUAUGAUGUCGAAUAUGGGUGUUCGGUCUAUGACCGGGAGCAGGGGAGAUGGUUUUGGCGGACAGGAUUUCGAGGAUUUCGAGGGCUCGACCGGGAGAAGGCAAGAGGAGAGGGAUAAUGAAAGGGAGCUCAGUGUUUUCCGGAGUGGAUCCGCCCCGCCCACUGUCGAAGGUUCUCUCACGGCCGUGGGAGAGAUCUUUAGGCGCGAGAGUGCACUGGGCGUGCCAGAUUUUUCCACUGUAAAGAAUGGGUAUGAGAUUUCACCGGAGGAGGAACUCCUUUCCAAUCCGGCGUACAUCUCCUACUAUUACUCGAAUAUGAAUCUGAACCCCCGUCUGCCGCCGCCAGUUCUCUCGAAGGAGGACUGGCGAUCCACACAGAGGCUACUUGUGGGAGACUCUUUGAUGAGAGGGAUGAACGAUGGGAUAACCAAUGGAGGGGAGGAAGAGGACGGAGGAUCUCUCCUCGCUAAACAGGCAAUCUUUAGUGCGCUGGAGGAGCAACUGGCAAAGCAAAGAAAGAUACCUGGAUCAGGGGAAUGGGUGGAAAGAGGAGAUGGAUUUAAUGGUCUAUUGCUCAGGCGCCAGAUGAGUUUUGCUGAUGUAGUGCAGCAUGAAGUUGUGUACGAAAGUCCAAGUUCAAGCCAUCCCUUACACCUUGCAAGUCAUAAUGCUUUUGCUAAUGGUCUUGAACAAUUGGCUUCUUCCAGCACACACUUUGCAUCACACAAAGUAUGCACAUCUGUAGAUGGAGAAGGAUUCAGUGCAAAAAGUGACAAUGGGCAUGAGAAAGUUGGUACAUCAUUCUGUCACAAUUAUGCGUCUGUAGUCAGCUCCUCCCUGCAGCGAAGCAAUACUAUGGAUACCAAGUAUGCUGCCAGAGCUACGAGUCUGUGCUUCCCCCAAAUUGGUUCUAGGAUUGACACUCCUGACAGGAUAACACAGAGUUCAUCUUCCUUCAACGUUUUGCCAUCGGAUACAGUUGAAACUGAUGAUGUUUCAGCUUCUUUAUCCAAUAUUAAUUUAUCAACUUCUGGUUCAAUAGUUGAUGAAAAUAUCACAAAGUCAAAAAUUCUGCAAAAAUUUGAUGAUAGUCAGAAUCUUCUUUUUGCUUCACAUUUGGGCCAGAACAAGGUUGAGACGCAACCUAUCCUCAAGUGUUCUGAUCAAGAAUGUUUUGAUACUCAGGGUAUUCCAAAGUCUAGGAAGUCUGCUUACAUUCAUUCCCUUAGAAGUUCUGGAGGUCAAGUGGACUUGAGAACUUCAAGUUCAGGUUUAAAUGGGUUAAUUGAAUCUCAAAAAUCUCCUGCUGCCUCUAUCAAUUCAUAUUUGGAAGCGCGCUCAUGUUAUAUUACUGCAAAUGGUGGUUUGUCUUCUCCCUAUGAGAAUGUUGAUGCAUCUUUUGCAAUUUCUGGGCUGAAUGCAGAUUCUGAAAAUCCAGGAUUGUCGGCAAGAAUGAUCAAUCAUGUUGUCUUGGAAACUUUGCCUCUGACAGUGGAAAAUACUAAUAUCUCAUCUCCAAUUGCAUCUCCUAGUAUGGGGUGCAGGACUUUAGGAGGUAGAGUCUUUUCACCACAAAAUUCUGUUGGGCAAGCAGAUUUUCAAACUCGUAUUGGAUUAGGCAAUCCAACUGUUCUUCAGGCAUCCCUUAAUGAUUCAAUUCAUGUUGAACAGUGGAUGACUGCUGAAUACGCUGCUUAUGUGGAAGCUAACUGUUCUGAUCCUUCCUUUGAGAGCGGUUAUCUAGGCCCAUAUGCAGAUGUACUUGGGAUCCAGAAAGCUUACAAUGAGUCUUUAUUUCAAACACAGAAGCAGUAUGCUAUGCCAAAUCUGGCUAAAUCUGGGGUUCAAGAUCAUAAUUAUUAUGGUAACCCAGGUUUUUGCCUUGCCACUUCCUAUCCUGGAAGUCCUUUAGCAAGUUCUAUUUCUUCUCCAUUUGCACCUGGCAACCCUCUUAGUUUUGAUGAGAAAAACAUGUGUUAUUAUCCUAACUUAAGAAAUCUAACUGGAGGUGUUCUGGGCUCUUGGCAUUCUGAAGCUGCAAAUAAGAUAGAUGGAUUUUUCCCAUCAUCUAUCUUGGGUGAAUUCAAGAGCAACAGAACCAGAUGCUUUGAGCUUUGUGAAAUUGCCGGCCAUGUGAUUGAGUUUAGUACUGACCAGUAUGGGAGCCGUUUUAUACAGCAGAAACUUGAAACAGCUACUACCAAGGAAAAAAACAUGGUUUUUGAUGAGAUUAUGCCUCAUGCUCUUUCUUUGAUGACUGACGUGUUUGGGAAUUAUGUGGUCCAGAAGUUUUUUGAACAUGGCUCAUCAACUCAAAAAAGGGAAUUAGCUAACCAUCUUAAUGGACAUGUACUGGCACUCAGCCUCCAGAUGUAUGGUUGUCGAGUGAUACAGAAGGCAAUAGAAGUUGUUGACUUGGAUCAGAAGGUAAAAAUGGUUUCAGAACUUGAUGGGCAUGUCAUGUACUGUGUACGCGAUCAAAAUGGGAAUCAUGUCAUUCAAAAGUGUAUUGAGUGUGUUCCACAGGAUGCAAUUCAGUUUAUCAUUUCAACGUUCUAUAAUCAAGUUGUGACACUAUCUACUCAUCCAUAUGGUUGUCGUGUUAUACAGAGAGUUCUGGAACACUGUGAUAAUCCUAAUACUCAGCACAUUGUCGUGGAUGAGAUUUUACAAUCUGUUUGCAUGCUGGCUCAGGAUCAGUAUGGUAAUUAUGUUGUGCAGCAUGUAUUGGAGCAUGGAAAGCCUGAUGAGCGGUCCGUGAUUAUUAGGAAAUUAACCGGACGAAUAGUACAGAUGAGCCAGCAAAAGUUUGCUUCAAAUGUUAUUGAAAAAUGCUUGUUUUUUGGCAAUCUUCAAGAACGAAAGCUCUUGGUAAAUGAGAUACUGGGAUCAACUGAUGAGAAUCAGCCACUCCAGGUCAUGAUGAAAGAUCAGUUUGCUAACUACGUUGUACAGAAAGUAUUAGAGACUUGUGACGAUCAGCAACGAGAGCUGAUCCUCUCGCGAAUAAAGGUUCACUUGGAUGCACUGAAAAAAUACACUUAUGGGAAGCAUAUAGUUGCCCGCGUAGAGAAACUCGUUGUCACUGGUGAGAAGAGGAUUGGACUUGAGUCAUCGUAUCCCUCUCAGACGCCGGCAUAGGGAUGAAGUUGUACAGCUAACUCAGGCUUAGUUUUAGCACCCUCUCUUCUCUGGUGUGCAAGCUUGGCUAGCCAGGUUAUAAGAAUGCUGCUUUUACUUGCAUCUGUAUGUUCGUAAUUUGACUAACGCUUAGGCUAAGGUGGAUUAUGUAAAUGGUGCCCCACAGGCCACAGAGGAAAAAAACAUAGGUUUUCUAUGUUUUUACGAGGGCAAAAAUCAAAAGAACUAUACAAAUCAUCGAAGUUUGUCUUUUUUUUUUUUUUUAAGUCAAAAGAAUGCUGUAAUAUAUUUUUAUUUUAAUAGUACUUGCAAUGUGUAGUAGCUAUUCAACAGCUAA